AUGGCCUUCCCAAUCAUUGAAGCUCCUACUGUCGAGCAUCAUGCGACAGGAUUCGGAGUUGGAAUCGCCAAUCCUCGCCUAUCCUGGCGGUUUUUGACAUCCGACGACACAGUCAAGGGAUGGGAGCAAACCGCCUACGAAAUUGAGAUUUCUCGUUCCUCAAAGUCUCUUGAGACAUACAAAGUGACGAGCAACAAAUCCGUCCUGGUUCCCUGGCCAAGCCAGCCAUUGAAAUCGCGCGAAAUCGUCCAGAUUCGUGUUCGAGCAUACGGCAACUCUCAUGAUGUGACAGACUGGUCCCCAUGGAGAACAGUGGAAAGCGCAUUACUCGCCCGCAACGACUGGACCGCCGUACCAAUCGCAAGCCCAGAACACACACAAUCCGAAAGUCCUCUACGACCCAUUCGAUUCCGCAAGGCAUUCCACCUUGGGAACGAGGCCAUCGAUCGAGCGCGCCUUUACAUCACUAGUCUUGGCGUAUACCGUGCUUUCAUCAACGGCCACCAGAUCGGGGGUCAGUGUAUGGCACCAGGAUGGACGAGCUACAAGCAUCGUCUAAACUAUCAACUUUACGAUGUCGCACCGCUCCUCAACCCCAAUGGCCCGAACGUCAUUGCGAUAGAGGUCGGCGAGGGAUGGUAUGCAACCCGUCUGGGCUUCAAAGGUGGACGCAGACAGCUAUACGGAGAUCGUCUGGCAGCGCUUGCUCAACUGGAGGUCCAAAUUCGUAAUGAAGAGCCUAACCUCUCGAUUUCUACGGACUCAACUUGGACAUGUUGCUCGAGUGCUAUUAUCAAAAGUGAAAUCUAUGAUGGUGAAGUGUAUGAUGUACGCGAGGAAGAUCUCAAUUGGAACAUGCCCACUCUCGAAACAGAUAAAGCCCCUUGGGAUCCUGUACAGGGAUUGGCAUUCCCAACAGCAACUCUUGUCGCACCGGAUGCGCCACCUGUCCGGGUCACCGAGGAGAUCAAACCUGUGCAGGUCUUUGAAACGCCCGCGGGAAAGACUGUGGUUGAUUUUGGUCAGAACUUGGUUGGUCGACUGCGUAUUGGCAGUCUGAACAAACCGUCCGGAACCAAAGUAAUCUUGACACAUGCAGAGGUUCUGGAGCAUGGCGAGCUGGGUACGCGACCAUUGCGGCAUGCAGCGUGUACAGAUGAAGUCAUCUUCUCUGGGACAGAACUCCAAGAUUGGUCACCGCAAUAUACCUUCCAUGGGUUCCGCUAUGUCCAAGUCGAUGGCUGGACAGCCGAGGAUCCAGAUCUGUUGACUAACUUGACGGCUUUGGUGCUGCACACUGACAUGGCCCGUACGGGAUGGUUCUCCUGCUCCCACCCGAUGGUCAACCAACUCCAUAACAAUGCUUGGUGGAGCAUGCGCGGCAACUUCCUCUCCAUCCCGACGGAUUGUCCCCAGCGUGAUGAGCGGCUUGGAUGGACGGGUGAUAUUCAGAUAUUCACGCCGUCUGCCAGCUUUUUAUACAAUACCGCUGGAAUGCUGGGAGACUGGCUCAAAGAUGUCGCCGCCGAACAACUGCUCGAAAGAGAUGGCUGCGUUCCCCCAUUCGUCGUCCCAAAUGUCAUCAGCGAGAAACUAUGGCCACAUCUCCCUCAAGCAAUCUGGGACGAUGUCGUCGUCUUGACACCAUGGGAUCUCUACCGCUCAUACGGCGAUACCGAUAUCCUCCGUCGCCAAUAUUCCAGCAUGCUAGCAUGGAUAGACCGUGGAAUCCGAAGAGGCCCAGACGGCCUAUGGGAUUCAACCCUCUGGCAACUAGGAGACUGGCUUGACCCAACGGCACCCCCAAUCGAGCCAGGUGACGCCCGCACAAACGGAACACUAGUAGCAGACGCCUACCUAAUCCAUGUGACAGCAACAAUGUCCAAAGUCAGCGCCGUUCUAGGCGAAACAGCAGAUGCAACACGCUUCCAAGCAGACGCGCAAACCCUCAAAACCCAUUUCCAAGCUAAAUACAUCGCCCACUCAGGCUUGUUAGUGGGUGACACACAAACAGCCCUGAGCCUAGCAAUAAUGUUCGACCUAUUUCCAACGCCCUCCCAAAAGAAAACAGCAGCAAACCGACUCGUGGAACUAGUCCGACUAGCCAAAUUCCGCGUAGCAACGGGAUUCGCAGGAACACCAAUAAUAACGCACGCACUCACAAAGACCGGCCACGCGCAAAUCGCUUACAGAAUGCUCCAAGAAAAAAACUGUCCAUCAUGGAUGUACCCGAUAACAAUGGGGGCCACAACAGUCUGGGAAAGAUGGGACAGCAUGCUUCCAGAUGGAACGAUAAACCCAGGCGAAAUGACCAGUUUCAACCACUACGCUCUCGGGUCAAUUAUCAAUUGGCUUCAUUCUAGUGUGGGUGGUGUUACGCCUCUUUCACCGGGGUGGAAGGAGAUCCGUGUUGCUCCGAUUCCUGGUGGGACUGUUACUUCUGCCGAGGUGGUUUAUCAGACUGCUUAUGGGCGGUUGGAGUGUGAGUGGAAGGUUGUUGGGGGACGGUUUGAGAUGGAGUUGGUUGUUCCGGCUAAUUCAAGGGCUUUGGUUGUUUUGCCAGAGGGCGAGGGCGAGAGUGAUGGUGUGUGGAUUGGAUCGGGCCAGUAUUCGUUCGAGUGUUUGUUGAAGGAGAGUUGUUCGCAGGGGUGGCCUCCUAAGCCGAUUACUCCUAUUAUGAGGAAGCCUGAGCUGGGGAGUAUUGCUUAG